GUUCAUGCUCUUAUUUUGAGGUCCACUUCCUGUUGUGAGUCGGCUGACACAGAUCGUUUGUUUAAAAACGGCGGAAAGAACAUCAACUUUCAGGUGUAGACCCUCUGGGGCUGCAGUGCAUGUGAUUGUUGGGGGGAGCCAGGUGUUUUUAACGAUGGAGGAUCUGUCUGCCGGCUCCUCAGAGCCCGACAGCCCCGGCGCUCUGAACCGAGCCUGCCUGCUGGACCCGGAGGACGAACUGUACCACGAUCUGUCCAUCAUGGUCCCAGAAACCCCCAGCCCGCAGCUCGGCAAACGGAGGAGGCACAGUCGCUUCACAGAGGAGCGCUUCAGUCCGGUGGCUGCAGGCAGGUCUCCGGGUCGACAUGAACUUCCUCAUAAAUCCAAGCGCAGGCGUCUGGCUGCAGCAAUGGCGGAGCAGAGCGUUGGCUUCAUUCCUGCUUCGUCUCUUAGGACGCUUCCUCAGGUCAGCUUGCUGGAGUCCUCCCUGUCCACCGCUUCUUCCUCCUCCUCCUCCUCCUCCUCCUCCUCCUCCUCCUCCUCCUCCUCCUCCUACCUCACCUCAGUAUCGGAGGGGGAGGCGGGGGGAGACGGGAUCCACAGUCCUGCAUGUCUCAGCAUCAGGUUGAAGAAGCGUCUGGAGGCAGCUGCGGCUCCUGCCUCCUCCUCCUCGUCUGAAUCUCUGUCCUUCCUCACUGCAGAGGAGAAGCAGUGGCUGAACGGAGAGCAGGGAAACUCCUCCAUAGCUCCUCUGGAGAUCGUGAUCAGUGACGAUGAGGGGGCCGCAGUGCGCUCCACUCAGCAGGAGGAAGACGAGGCUUUCGCUCGGAGUCUGCAGGCCCAGUUUGACCGGGAGGAGACCCACAGCAGACCCCGUGACCACCAACACCACCACCACCAUCCUCAUCAUCAUCUUCAUCAGAGGUUUCAUCCCUACAUGGAGCCCAGCUGGAUGCCCCACCUCCUCGCUGCCGUCUCUCCUCUGGUCGGCUUUGAAAACGAUCUGAUUGGGCAGCGGAACCGAAGGGGGCGGGGCAGGAGGAGGAUAGCUGAUGCUGAAGAAGAGCAACAGGGCAACGACUACGAGGCUCUGCUGGCCUUCGAGGAGCAGCAGGGCUCCGUGGUGAAGAACAAGUUGAGCCGGAGGGAGCUCCAGAGGUUUCCCACCAAGAGCUUCACGUCAGCGAGUGGCGGGAACACCACGUGUCAGAUCUGUUUCUGUGACUACACUGACGGGGAGAAGCUGAGGAUGCUGCCGUGUUUCCAUGACUACCACGUACAGUGCAUCGACCGCUGGCUGAAGGAUAACUCCACCUGUCCGAUCUGCAGAGCGAACCUGGCCGACAGCGCCGCCUACGCCCCCCCCGCCUCUGACCCCUGACUUCCUGUUUGGAGGAAGAAGAAUGACUCGACUCCUUUACACUGUUUAUUUAAAGGUUCUUAUCUUCGGUCCUGAAGCAGAAACAAAACAUUAAAGACUUUUUAUUCUGUU